AUCGACGGACGUGAAACUGACGUCUCAAUUACAGUGAAUUUCUUAUUUUAAGAUCCGAGCUGUCUACUCUCUGUCUCGUCCUCCCUCGCGCAACAGAGUAAAGUUGCCACCGCCGUUUGCCCAAUCAAAACUAUAGCGAAAGCGGUGGAUAGAUAGAGAUCGAGACUCGAGAGGCUCAAAAGGCGGAGUUGUGUAAUCUUUUUUUCUGUCCUGAGAAGUUCUUCACGUUUCUUGGCGAAAUCCGGUCGCCAGAGGUGUGAGUGAGAGUCACCUGUUGAUGGACUAACACAGGCUUAGUAGUGAAGUGAAUCAGAAUCAAACUCAGGCAUAAAAGGAUGGCUAUUGCUGAAGAGAAUUCUCAUUCAGACGGCAACGUUUGGAGUCUCUGUCGAAUGCCGUUUUGGCAAGCAGGAAAUGCUUCUUCUUCAUCUGCUUCGCAGAACCUUCACCAGCAGAAUCACAACCAGCAACAUCUCGAUGGAUCUAAUAAUCAUACUUCAAGCACCGUUUCAUCAGUUGCUAGAUCCUUGCUUCCGACGCGGCGUAGACUUCGUCUUGAUCCUCCCAGCAAGCUAUACUUCCCUUAUGAACCUGGCAAACAAGUCAGAAGCGCGAUUAGGAUAAAAAACACUAGCAAGUCUCACGUUGCUUUCAAGUUUCAAACAACUGCACCAAAAAGCUGUUUCAUGCGACCUCCGGGGGGUAUCCUUGUUCCUGGAGAAAGUCUCAUUGCAACUGUGUUCAAGUUUGUGGAGCAACCCGAGAACAAUGAGAAACAAGUAGAUCAGAAGUCCAAGGUUAAAUUUAAGAUUGUUAGCCUAAAAGUAAAAGGAGGAAUGGAUUACGUGCCAGAGCUGUUCGAUGAGCAGAAAGAUCAAGUAGCAGUUGAACAGAUUCUGAGGGUUGAAUUCUUAGAUGCGGAGCGUCCUAGCCCGGCGAUGGAGAAACUCAAGCGACAGUUGGCCGAGGCUGAGGCUGCACUGGAAGCACGAAAGAAACCUCCAGAGGACGCAGGCCCAAAACUUGUUGGGGAAGGGCUUGUUAUUGAUGAAUGGAAAGAACGAAGGGAAAGAUACCUGGCACGGCAACAGGUUGAAGGUUCUGAUUCAGUAUAAAGUGCAAACUGCUUUUGUUGUAAGCGCUUCUCUACUUGGAAUGAAUCAUUAUGUACUGUGGAGGAAAAAUGUCAAUUUCAACCCCUUUUGUGUAAGGGUUUAUCAUGUACGGGGAUUUAUCUACAGGUUCAGCUAGAAAUAAAAUGUGAGGGGAAUCUAAUGGAGUUUACUAUACUUGAAUCUGCGCCAAUGGAGUACUCCCCCCCACCCCCC